AAAAAAAACAAUAAUAAAAAGAGAAACCAAAAAGGAAAAGAAACGACGAGAGGAAAUAGAACGGUUAGAGAUAGGGGAAGCCUGGGAAACUUUCCCAUAUACCCAAAUAAUAAGAGGUUUGUUAUUAAUAACCCAAUCAAUUCUGAGAAAAAAAAAUUCUAUUACCUUCAUUCAUAAUCGGGAAAAAUAUAGGGCGUAUGCUACUAUUUCAAACUCCUGAAUGGUCUGAAGAUUUAAAGGGAUGGAAUAAAGAAACGCAUGUGAAGUGUACUUAUAAUGGUAUUCCGUUAGCUGACAAAAAAUUUCCGGAAAAUUGGUUGACAGAAGGUAUUCAAAUCAAAAUUUUAUUUCCUUUCUGUCUAAAACCUUGGCACGAAUAUAAAUCACUAACUUCUCGUGAUGACUUUUGUUUUUUAACAGUUUGGGGAAGGGAAACAGAACACCCUUUUGGUCAUCCACGACAAACACCUUCGUUUUUCGAGCCUGUUUUUAAGGAACUUUACAAAUUUGUAAAAGUAAAAAUCAAAUUUUUAAAAAAGUUUUCAAAAAAAAAAACAAGUUCAAACGAAAAAAGAACAAUACACCCGAGUUUAAUAAAAAAAGAAAAAGAUGAUCAAAUAAAUAACCAGAUAAUGAAUCAACCCUUGAGUAAAAUUGAAAAAAUUACAGAUUGGAAAAAUUAUUCACCGAUAGACAAAAUACAGGCUAUUACUCAUAGGACAAAUACAAUUAAAAAAAAACUAGAAAGAAUUACGGAAGAUAAGAAAAGGCUGACUCUAGAACUAGAUAUGAGCCCUUACAAAAAAAGUUCGAGAUUAGCCUUGUCAAAAAAUUUUUGUCAAAU